UAAAAGUUAUACUCCCACCCCUUUGUCGCCGGGAGAUAUCAGAGAAAUCCCUACUUCCCCUUUAUCCCCUUCAAGAGACCGACCUUUACCUCCUCGCCUUUCAAAAUCUUUGCCUGGCACUCCCCUUAACAAUUCUUACCAAACCUCCAUUUUAACGAAUGAACUUUAUUACACUACCAUUAUUGAAAGUUAUGAAAGAGAUCAAAUCCAGCACAAACAAGAAAUCUCUGAAUUGCAUAACGAAGUAGUUAGGUUGGAAAAACAAUUAACAACUUUACAGACAGAAAGUGAAAAUAAAGAAAACAAACUAAAAGAGGCUCACCAAAAACUCCACCAAGCAACCCGAGAAAUCAAAUUAUUAGGAAAAGAAAAAGAAACUAUUAGCCAAGAAUUAAAUUUAACUAAUGCCGACUUUUUAGAAAAAGAUGAAGAAGAAAAUAAAGGAUUAGCUGAAAAACAACAAAAAUUAUUCGACCAAAUAAGUCGGUUAAGCAAUGAUAAAAAUCUCCACGAAACUGAAAGAGCCGAAAGUGAUUCAAUGAGUUCCUUAUCCACCCGAGUUCAAAGUCCUACUUUGGAUUUUGAACUAACUUUAAAAACUCCUAAAACAGCCAAAUCUUUGGGAGAAGAGUUGAAUGAUGCCAUUUUAAAUGAGAGUGAAAAAGGUUUGGAUACUACUUUCAAUAAUUUGAUGGGUGAAAUUGAUAAACAAGCCGGAAUUUCCCCCCAAGCAGUCCAAGAAUUACAAGACCAAAUUCUUGCUCUAACCCAAGCCAAUCAACAACAAGAAAUAACUAUGAGAGAUUUAGUGCAAGAAAACACCUUAAUGAAGGAAAGUCUGACCAGAGUUGACAAUCAAAUUAAAGAUUUGGAAAAAUCAGUGCUUACUCUUAAUCAAGCUAAUUUAGCCCAACAAGAAAGAGAAAAAGAUUUACAACAACAACUACGAGAAAAAACUUAUGAAGCACAUUCGGCAGAUUCCCACCGAAUUAUUUUUGACAAGUUUGUUAGAAAUAUAGAAGAAGCAUUUCCUCUUUCAGAAGAACAGGAAAAGAAAUUGGAAUAUUACGAAAGGACAGCCCAAGAGUAUUUAUCGGUUUUAAAAAAUAAUAUUUUUGGAGGGGUGAAUAAAUUACGAGAACAAAUUACUACUUCCCGCACCGAGAUAAUAGAAGUAGAAAAGCAAAGGCAACAAUUAUUGAAUGAGGUUGAAGAGUUGAAAAAAGAAAAGCAAUCCUUGGAAGAAAGCAUGGAUUUGACAGAACUUCAAGAAGCUGAAAUUGAAGAAACCGCUAGUCUUUUGCUCGAAGACAAUAAAAAAUUAAAAGAAGAAAACGAAACUUUGAGGGAAGAAAACCUUAAACUAAAAGCCGAACUAGAAGAACUAAAACAAAAGGAGACUGAACAAACAAAUAACCAGAUUUCAGCAGAAGUGAAAAAGGAAUUUGAUAAUUUGGAGGCUCAAAUAAUUCAAACACUAGAAUUAGCGAAGGAUUUUUUUAUCAAAAAAAUUAUCGAAUUACAAGAACUCCAAGUCAUCGAGGAGCAAUUAACAACUUGCCAGCAACAAAAAGAUGAUUUACAAAAACAGUUGGAUAACAAAAUAACAGAAUUGGCUAAUUCUAAUUUAUCUCAAGAGCAAAAGUCUCAACAAAUAAUUACUUUGGCUUCUGAAAGUCAGAAACAAUUUAGUAAAAUUAAUCAACAAUUAUCUAGUGCUUGA